UGAUAAUAAUACUUUUUUACAUUUCGUUCGUGUUUAUAAUAUACUUGUUCUUCGCGUAGAUAAACAAAAAUUGUGUAAAUAAUGUAAUCGCACAAGAUAUUUUUACAUUGGGAACAAAGAGUAUUGGUAAGAGGGAUCGAAGGCGAACAGUGACAUAUCCUUUGGAAUGCAGGAUCAAAGUCGACGUUAAGAUUCUUCGAAAGAGAUAGAACUAAAUUUUGUGGUAUUCGAACAAUGUCCAAACAGGAGAUAAGGUCAGCGCACACGAAAUGAACACGGUAGACAUAACGGCCCAAUCUUCAGUCCCCAUGCACCUUGCUGGCUUUUGCGUUCACAUUGUUUUUCUGGCACAGUCAGUAUCUAUCCUGUCGAGGUUACUGGACGCUUUAAGAUACGAAAAAUAAAAGUGGAAAGUUCUUCGUCCUCGUUAAAAUGUCCCGUAAAUCAUUGUUCUUUAUUGUGUUAUUAUUCAGUUUUACGUUACGUGGUGAAGGCAAGCCGAUUGAAAAUCAAUAUUUUCAAUCGAAUGUUAUGAACAGUGGUUCGAAGACUCGAGGCGAACCUUUAAUAGAAAACUUUAACCCUAAAAUUGUAAAAAAUCGGAAAAUAAUAACCCAUAAUAAUUGUGUUGAAAAUUGUAACGAAAAAGAUUCCAAAUCCUUAAGUGAAAGUAAUCAAAUAUGCCCUUACGAGGACAAAGAGUUAUGUCUAAUUUUUUCUUUGUCGAAGAUCGCCAAAGUUCAAGUGGCUACGUCGAAUAAAGCUUCGACGCAUCACAUCUCGAGAUCGAAUAAUUUUGACGCCGUGCCGAAAGACGUGAGGAAUUUAAAAAUUAACAAGGAAAUGAGGCAAAAGGAAUUCGAUUUUGGGAAUGAAGAGAGAUACAGAGAGGAUUUACAGAAUUUUUCGGAGGAACGGGGAAAAUCAUCGAUCGUUCACUGCAGAGCAAUUCGAGAUGUUUACAUACCAGAAGUGAAACGGAAUCUACCAGCUGUAGCGUGUAAAUUUGGCAAUAAUACUUUCAUUUUAUCAAGCGAAAGAUUUCUCGAAGAUCGACGAUUAUAUCUGGAUAUAAGAAUCGACGGGAAUAUAUUUGAAAAUAUAAAAUAUACUUCGAAAAUGUCCAGAGCCAAUGAAUCAAAUACGAUACCCGCGUUGCUUGUUUUGAACACGGCUAAUAAUAAUUACAGAAUAGAAACGCAUAAAAUUACGUCUGACGAGGAGGAAGUUAACGAGACAGUGGGAAAUCGAUAACGAUAAA